AACAACGGUUUAGCUGUCUGUUGCAAUUUGGCGCGAAGCGUCCGUCUCUAGGGUUCUUCAAGGCUUGUUUUUUUUUUAGUUUCUUUCUAGUUUUAUUUUACCUUUACAGUGUUCAGUUUCAACGUAUUGAUUCCUAAAAACAAUAACAGUACAUAAACAAAAUGCCACCUGGAAAAAACAGACUAGUUAGCGAGGAACCUGUGGUAGAAAAACGCAGGAAAAAAAGUCAUGAACCUACAACUGACCAAUUAAAAGAUCCAGAUGCUGAUGUUGAAUCAGAAGCUGAAGAUGUAGAAGAAGACGAGUAUGGGGAUGCUGGAACUCGUAUUGGAGGUAUAUACAUCCCACCACGCCCAACCCCAGCAUGUACUAUGGAUGCCAAUGGACCACGGCUGGUUAUCACUCAUAUAGAUAACAUCAACUUCAAAAGUUAUGCUGGAAAACAAGUUUUGGGACCAUUUCACAAAAGUUUUACCUCCAUUAUCGGACCAAAUGGCAGUGGGAAAAGCAAUGUGAUUGACUCUAUGUUGUUUGUGUUUGGAUAUCGUGCCCAGAAAAUUCGUUCAAAAAGUGUUGCUGUACUUAUUCACAAUUCUGAAAACCAUUCAAAUGUGCAGAGUUGCUCUGUAGCAGUGCACUUUCAGUUGAUUGAAGAUAUUAAUGACAAUGAUUUUACUGUCAUUCCCGGUUCACAAUUUGUGGUGGCCAGAACAGCUUUUAAGGACAAUUCAUCAUUUUAUCAAAUUAAUGGAAAGCGUGUCCAGUUCAAACAAGUUGCCAAACUCUUGAGGAAUCAAGGGAUUGAUUUGGACCACAAUAGGUUUCUCAUCUUACAAGGAGAAGUAGAACAAAUCGCUAUGAUGAAACCGAAAGCCCCAAAUGAACAUGAAGGCGGCAUGCUUGAAUUUUUAGAAGAUAUUAUUGGAUCAUCAAGGUAUAAAGAGCCCACCGAAAUUCUUAGCCAAAGGGUAGAAACGCUGAAUACCCAAAGGACCGAGAAGCUAAACCGCGUUAAGCUAGUGGAAAAAGAAAAAGACGAGCUCGAAGGGCCCAAAAAUGAAGCGAUAGCUUACAUUAAGUUAGAAAAUGAGCAUGCUCAACAUAAAUUCAAUUUGCAGCAACUUUACCAUCACCAAGCGCUAAAAGUUAUUGCCGACAGCGAACGAAAGAAAGAACAAGUGAACGAAGAAAUGGGUGAUUUGAAAAGCAGACUGGAAGAAUUGACAAAAUUCAAAGCUGAAAAGAACAAAGAAUUUAAGGAGUGCUCCAAGGAAUACGAAAACGCCCACGAAAAGCUCGAAAAAUCGGUCGCUAAAGUUGCAAGUUUGAUCAAGGAAGAUGAAAAAAUGGUUGAAGAUUACAAGCUCAUUAACACAAGCCGUAAAAAAGCCAAAGAAACAAUCAUCACUGAAAAAGCCAAAUUGGAAGAGUUGAAUAAAAUUCCUGAAAAGAAUACUAAGGAAAUAGAAGAAAUUGAAAAAGUGUUGGAAGACUUGGAGAAGAAAAAAGAAAAGGAGGAGAAACAUGUCAACGAAAUUAUGGCAAAUUUACAAACGGAAACCCAAGGACUUCAGGACGAAAAACAAAAGUUUGAAUUAGAAUUACUUCAACUUAAAAAAGCGGUCAACGAAACGCAGGCCCAGAUGGACGUAGCCCAGUCCGAAUUGGAUAUCUAUCUAAGCACCGAGAAAAAAGAAAAGAGCAACCUUGACUCGAUGAAAGAACAACUUGAAAAGGUCUCCACAACUUCUACAGAACGACGUCGUCAUCUUCAAGAACUCGAGUGUAACCAACCUAAAUGGGCAAAGUCUCUCUCUGACAAACAGUCUGAAUUACAAAAGAUCACAAACGAAGAUGCCCAGAAAAGUGAAGAACUUAGAAAUAUUCGUAUCAGGCUGGAGCAAAGCAAAUCGACUUUUUCUGCCAACAGUAGUCGGGGACGCGUCCUAGACAGCCUAAUGGAGCAAAAACGCAAAGGAACGUUACCCGGCAUCUUCGGACGUUUGGGUGAUUUGGGGGCUAUCGAUGAAAAAUACGAUGUGGCUAUAUCUACGGGAUGCGGUUCGUUAGACCAUGUCCUUGUAGACACAGUAGAUACUGCCCAAAAAUGUAUUCAGUACCUGAAACAAGCCAACCUGGGAAGAGGCUCCUUCCUUGCUUUAGAGAAAGUGCAACACCUGAUGGAUGCUGCCAAUCGUUCAGUUGAAUAUCCGGAAAAUGUCCCUCGUCUUUAUGAUUUGAUUCGAGUCAAAGAUGAGCGUGUCAAACCUGCUUUUUAUCACGGAGUACGAGAAACACUCGUUGCAACGGACUUGGAUCAGGCGACUCGCAUUGGUUAUGGACGUGUACGGUAUCGCAUCAUCACAUUAAAGGGCGACCUCAUUGAACCGGCUGGAACUAUGAGCGGAGGAGGCAAAACUUGUCUCCGUGGGAAAAUGGGCCGCAAUGUGACUACGGAUACCUCAGGUAGCGAGGUGUCGGCCAAAGAUAUUUCUUUAAUGGAAGAAAAGAUGCAGAAACUCAAUGAGGAAUGCAGCCAAUUGCGUCAGAGAAGGCAAACUCUUGAAGAUGAAUUGGUGGAAUUGACGAAAUCAACACGAGAAGGAACCACCAACCUUCAAAAAUGGAAAAUGGAAAUUAAGGCGUUAGAGGAACAGCAAAAGGCAUUAAAAGAACAGAUCAAGAUUCAAGAGACUAAAGUAGCUGAUUCAAUGGCAGACAAGAAGCGAGUCAAAGCAAUGGAAGCGGCCAUCGCCGAGAAACGCAAAGAUUACGACGCGGCCACUGAAACGGCAUCGAAAAUUGAGACGAAAGUCCAGAAGGUCCACGCGAAAAUCAUGGAGUUGACUGAGGGUAAAAUGAAUAAAGCCCGAGAAAAACUAGACGCUGUCACUAGCCAAAUUGCAAAGCUCAGCACAGAAAAAACCAAACUUGGUGUGGCAAUCAAAACUUCAGAGCGCAAUUCAAAGAAGUCUCGAGAUAAAAUCGCCACUCUGGAACAGGAAGUGAAAGAUGCCGAAAAUGAAUUACGCCAAUUGCAAGAACGGCGCAAAGAAAUCGAAGAGGAAGCUAUGAGUGUUAAAACUUCACAAGAAACCCUGGAAGCAAUUGAAAAGGAGAUGAAACAAAAGUUGACCACGUUCAAAACUGAGCUUGACGCAGCCCUUAAAGAGGAGAACAAAGUUCGAGCCGAGAAAAUUGACUACGAUCAGAAAAUGGAAAAAUUUGAGGAAGCUAUAGCGUCUCAUCGAACCAAGGCUGAGCAUUGGAAGAGAGAAAUGAGCAAAAUUAAGCUUCAAGCGAUAGACGGAAAUCCGGUCCCCGAACUUAAGCUUAUCGCAGAGGAAGAUAUGGAUGCAAUAAGAGUAGAUACGUUUCAGAAUCAGAUAACCAGAACUGAGGCAGAAUUAGCAAAAAUGUCGCCUAACUUACAGGCUAUUGGCGAUUACAGGAAAAAAGAGGAAAUCUACUUAGCACGAGUUGCCGAACUUGACGAUGUGACUCGACAGCGUGACGAAGAACGAAAGAAUGUCGACACGCUUCGCAAGGCUAGGCUAAGCGAAUUUAUGGAAGGAUUCGCAAUUAUUACUACCAAACUGAAAGAGCUCUACCAAAUGAUUACUCUGGGAGGAGAUGCUGAACUUGAGCUGGUCGAUUCGCUUGAUCCGUUCAGUGAAGGUAUCGUUUUCAGCGUUAGACCACCUAAAAAGACCUGGAAGAAUAUCUCCAACCUAUCGGGAGGUGAAAAGACGCUUUCAUCAUUGGCUUUGGUUUUCGCACUUCAUUAUUACAAGCCUACACCACUUUACGUCAUGGACGAGAUUGAUGCAGCUCUCGAUUUCAAAAAUGUCUCCAUUGUGGGGAACUACAUCAAAGAGCGAACUCGCAAUGCACAAUUCAUUAUCAUUUCUCUUCGUUCCAAUAUGUUUGAGCUUGCAGAUCGGCUGGUAGGCAUCUACAAGACACACAACACUACCAAAUCGGUGGCUAUCAAUCCUAAUACAAUCGAAAAGCGGUCGGAUAUUGAAAACAGUAAUCCUGCUUCAAAUUCUCAAGCAAAUGCCACUCCUGUUUCUACGAUGACUGUCGCGUAAAAAAAUAAUAAAAUUUCUUAUUUUCCCCA